AUGACAAACUUUUAUGCUCGACAAGAUGCUGCUGGCAGCGCCGAUGCUUCUUCGGAUGCCUGGGCAGGAUUUGAACUGUGGCAUUAUAAGCCUUCAAUGGCAGCCGCAGUCAUAUUCAUCGUCCUUUUCGUCCUUCUGAGCGCCUACCACAGCUUCCUCCUCAUUCGCAGACGGACCUGGUUUUGCGUACCCUUCGUCGUUGGUGGACUUUUCGAGAUCAUCGGAUAUAUAGGCCGUGCUCUUGCAGUAAAUAAUAUUGACAGUGUACCGCCAUACACCAUUCAAGCCCUUGGCCUCCUCCUUGCACCCAUCCUCUUCGCCGCAUCGAUAUACAUGAUUCUCGGACGGAUUGUUCGUGUCCUCCAGGGAGAAGCAUAUACCAUCAUUCGCGUCAAUUGGCUCACAAAGAUCUUCGUUACUGGAGACGUUCUCUGCUUUUGCAUUCAGGCUGCAGGAGGUGGCAUGCUUGCUGUGGCUACUACUCAAGCCGAGAUCGACAGGGACAACAAUAUCGUUCUCGGAGGUCUUAUUCUACAAGUUUGCAUCUUCAUCGUCUUUCUCGUGACAGCCAUCAUCUUCCACAGGAGAAUGAGCCAGAGACCAACCUCCGCCUCUCUUGAUGGCUCACUAGGCGAAAAUGGUGGUAUCUCCAGCGGACGAUUCGGAACAAUGACAUGGAGGAAACUCAUGGUUGGCCUAUACGUUUCCAGCAUACUCAUCUCGCUUAGAAACAUUUUCCGUGUCGUCGAAUAUGCUAUGGGCUGGAGCGGGUAUUUGCUGUCAACAGAAUGGCCACUGUACGUCUUUGACGGUCUGCUCAUGGUCCUAGUCCUGGUUGUCUGCAUCAUGUGGUAUCACCCAGAAAUCUCAAAAGGAAACAAGAAGUCUGCGGCUGCCAUGCGCAAGCAGGAAACUUCUGGCCCGCAAACAGCAACGGUAUAA